AUGCCAUAUGCCCCUCCGGCUCGUCUCCAGGGCACCUAUCAGCGUCCGCGCCGACUUCCCCCCACCUCCCCUUCCCUCCUCCGUGCUUCCCCGUCCGGGCCUUGCCCCUCGCGCAACCGCCGGACCAAAGAAGAAAAUGUGGAUCCCCGCCUCCGUCUCGCUCGCUCGCCGAGUCUCUUUCUCGACCACUUCUCCCUCUUCUUUUCUUUCCAUCUUUCCAUCGCUCUGCCCCCUUUCCCUUUUCGCACCUCGUGCUCCCGUCGCGCAUCUCCCAACGGUGCCACCGCGCACGCCGCUCAUUGCGCUACCCUCCCUAGCCCCAUUGCGACCGCCAGCCAACAAGCCCUCGUCAAGCCACCUGAGGUGUACUUGUCCCACGGCUCUUCCUCAACUGUGCGUACUGUCGUAACCAUCACCACCACCACGCCCCUAGGUGGUCUUGCCAUGGCAGCUUUCAAAAAGAGCUCUAAAGCCGGUUGCGGAGGUGUGCGCGACGGGGGUGAAAGUUCAGCCCCCGUCACUCAGCCAGCCUUCUCCUCCCAAGACUCGGUCUUCCUUCUGGCUUCUAUGCGUCGACGAAGUCGUAGGCCCAUACCUGGCAGUAGCCGGGAAUCUUCAGCACCACGCAUCGUGGCUGGUUGA